UAACAUUUUUAUGUCAAACGUUGAUUAUGUUAGUUUGUGGUUAAAUUGAACUAUUCUCAAAUAUAAUAUAAGCUUUAUAUUUAUUUUCAUUUAUUUUUAUAAUAAAAAUAAAUACAAGUUAUUUAGCAAUAUUUAUUUAUACUACGAACAUUUUUUGUGACUUGGGAAUGUCGAUCAUCUAUCACUAUUUUGAUGGAUAAUAUCUUGGAACAUUCAUAAUUUGGGUAGCACCAUGGAUUAUUGCAGAAAGCUUAAGAAAAAUAAAAAUAAUGUGAAUUGCUAUUCUUUGAACAGACUACUUAUACUGGUUUUUACAAUGAUUUUGAUGUUUGAAACAUAUAGUAUAAGCACAUUGGAAACGGAGUCAAGUAAUACCAGUUGUUCAAAUGCACUAACAUGCACUAAAUGUACAAUCAAAGAUCAGUGUCAAUGGUCUCUAAAAAAACAGAAGUGUACAAAAAAGAUUUUUAAAAAUUUUUCAAGUUUAACAGCCUCUACUUUAGGGGAAUGUCCACAGUUUUCAGUUGAUAAACAAUAUAAUUAUUAUUUUACUUUUUUUUCUUGUUUUAUUGAUCUGAAAUACAUUGUUAAGGUAUCAAACGAUCUAGUAGGUUUCGUGGAUUACCUUCGAACCAGUAACAUUUAUUUACAAAGAACAUUAAACUUUGAAAAUCGUUAUAAUAGGGGGAUAAUAAAUAAUACUAUUAUAUUUACAUUAGGCACAGAAGUCUCCAUAAGCAUGGCAGAUAAUACUUCUCUGUCGAAUACUGAAUUUCUUUUUAUUAAGUUCAAUAACGUCGCUCUACGAUUCAACAACGUAGCUGAUCAUUAUGUUACGUUUGAUAUUAGACAUCAUAAAUGUACCGACGACGAGAAGGAAAAAUUCUGUGCGACUUGUGCAUGGAAUUACAACGGGUAUUCAAACUACUUGAAAUGGUGUUCGAACGACAACGUGUGUGGGGGUCAAAAGCAUUUGUACCUGAAGAACAACACCGAAGAUAUAAUUUCUAAAAAAUCAUUAAUAGUAAACCAGCAGAUUGAAGAAGCCUACGUGACGAACGACUGUCCUGAAGUAAACGUGACGGCGGUCAAUCCGUUGUUUGGACCGCAUACUGGUGGAACGGAGGUAACGAUCAUAGUUACAAACCACAGAAUAUUUGUGGAGAGCCAAUCGAUACAGAUGGUGGUGAUGGUGGCAGGAAUGGUGUGCAUGAACCCCAGGACAUCAGGGCCCGAGACGAUCACUUGCACCACGUCACCAUGGGUAAACGUCAAAGGAGAACCACCGACCCCCGGUCCGAUCCUAGUCAAAUACUCGUCAUACUUGGGUAGAUUAACGAUCGAAUCAUCGCAGAGAUUCCAGUAUGACGCCCGUCCUACUUGCGGCUCGCCCAAUCCCGUACUGGACACGAACCAACGACUUAGAUCCUUAGAAUCGGGUGACAUCGCCGUUCUGGUGCGUGGUGUUCAUUUCGUCAAACCAUGUGUUGUUUCCACCGCCCGACUCUUCGUCGUGCUGCCCAACGGUGCUAAGCAGUUCGCGUCCAGUUAUUGUGAUAUACCGUUUAACGACACGUACAUGGUUUGUCGGUCGCCGAGAGUGGACAGCCGCGUCUGGCCGGACAGGGACUUGUCUGUUAAACAGUGGUUUUUGAAUUUCGGGCUGAAUGUGAUGAAUUUAAUCGGGAAUCAGUCGUUCUUCGUGGAAGGGCCGUCGCACGGUUUUAAGGUACUCAUCGAUCCGGUUCUGGUGGAUUUUGAUGUAAUAAAAAGUACAGGUUCAGUAGUCUUCAACGGUCGUUACUUGAAUCACUUCCAGUCCGACGUCAUUCUGAUAAGGCUCCCGAAUUCAUCGGCGACGGGUUGCGAGUCGGCGCUGGACUGCGUAGUCGUGGCGUGUUGCGAAAAUGUGAUGUUCUCACGACAGCAUAUCAUAUGCCAUCCGAACGUGACUAUCGCUCCAGCUGCCACCGCAUCACGCAACAUCUUAGUCACGAUAGGUGAUCGGUUGUUGUACACCGUGCCCAAUAGAUCGCUACCCCACCGUAAAACCAUCCACAAGCCGGUCGGAAAGGUGGCGAGGGAUCGUCUCCUUGUCCACGUGCCUGUUUGUUGUUUGCGUGUUGGCUUUUUAUCUAAGGACUAAAAAUCAGUACAGUUUGACGAAAACCGAUGGCGACCCACCGAUGGCUCCCACGAGAUCAUAAGAUGGCCUACACUGCGAUGUAGUUUUAAAUAGUUAAUUUAUCAGCAGUGUAUGUGUAUUAUUUUUGGCUGUUAUUAUUAUCUAAACAUAAUAUAUUCCGAAUAAAUAAUACGUGUUUUAUUUCUAA